GGCAAUUCAUAGGAGCAUUUGACUCCCUUUUAUAUUGAUUUUUUUUUUGAUUACUAUAUCAUUAUGGAUCAGGUUUGAACAAAUAUAGCAAAGUGUUGAUCUACUCUUUGAAGUAAUAGCUGGAAUUGAAUUAUUACCCAAUUUGGCCUUGACAAUUGACUGCAAAAACACAAUCACAAGAAUCAUGUCUCAACUAUGAUUCAAAGUUUUAUCACCUUGAUCUGUUUAUCCAAAUCAAGAGGGUCUAUUCCUAAGACAUACGCCCGUACUGAUCCCACAUACCUUGGUGAUGCCCUCGACACAAAAUCCAUUGAAACCGUGGAAUUGAGUUAUGACAAACACUCCCCGGAAUAUGAACCCACUUUGGUGAAAUCGCCCUUGAUUUUCUUGCAUGGGUUGUUUGGAAGUAAAUCUAAUACACGCACAGUGGCUAAACAAUUGGCUUCCAGGUUGGAUCGUGAUGUUUAUUGUCUUGAUUUGAGAAAUUUCGGAAACAGUCCUCAUAACCCUCGAUUGGAUUACCCAAGUUUGGCCGCAGAUGUGGAGAGAUUCAUCCAGGAGCGUAAAUUCCCCGAGUUUGCUAAACCAAUCGUGGUUGGACAUUCUAUGGGGGCUAAAACUGCCAUGGCUUUGGCAUUGCGCAGUCCUAAUUUGCUUAGCAUGUUGGUGGCUGUAGAUAAUGCGCCUGUUACUGUUUUAGCUUCUCAAUCACAAUUCGGCAAAUAUGUGAAUCAAUUAAGAUUGGCAUUAGAAAAGUAUAAGUACACUCAUAUCAAAGAUGUUGAUGCUAAGCUUGAAGAAGUUGAGCCAAACAAGUCGAUUCGUCAAUUCUUGUUGACUAAUUUAAUCAGAGGUAAGAAACAUGAGCAUAUAAAGUCAAGGAUACCCUUGGAUAUAAUAGGUGAUACCAUAAGCAAGGGGAUUAUUUCUAGCUGGCCCUAUGAUUCAAAUAUUCUGCAAUGGACCAAAGGUCCUGUGUUGUUUAUUAGAGGAAGUAAAUCGGUGUAUGUUCAUGAUGAAAUCAUUCCUGAGAUUGGUAAAUACUUUCCUGAUUUUGAAGUUAGAGAUGUUGAUAGUGGCCAUUGGGUGAUUAGUGAAAAACCCCAAGAGUUUAUGGAUAUCUUGUGUGAAUUUAUAGAUAGAAAGGAGGAUGAUUAAAAUAUAUCCUUUUAAAUUGUAUGUUAUUUAUUAGAUCGUCUAAAUGCUAAUUACCAUUCAUAACAGCUUGCUCUUGUUUCUUUUUACCACCUUCAAAAUUCUCCCUAACUCUCAAGUAGUGUUGUAAUUCCUCAGCACUAACCGAAGGAACCAAUUCUUGUUGUGCCUUGACGAAAUCUUCCAUUUUAACCAAAACAGUAAUGUCGUCAUCCGUGGCAACAUUAUCAAACCACCAUCUUGUAUUAACUUUGUCCUCUCCUUGUUCUACCUUCUUUUCAUUGUACUUAUUAAUCUUAUCAUCAACUUCAUUGGCCACUCUGGUCAUAGCAUUUAACAUCGAGUCCGAGCAUAAUGCAUAAAAAUCGGCCCCCGUGAACGUAAACGAACAAUUCUCAGCCAAUUUCUCCAAAUCGACAUCAUCAUGUAACUUAAACUUUCUUGUCAAUGCUUCUAGAAUCUUGGUUUGCUUUUCAUUGGUAUCGGAAAUACCCAAGUAUAACAACUUAUCAAAUCUACCUGGUCUCAAAAGUGCCUCAUCUAAUAGAUCAGGACGAUUGGUGGCACCGACCACAAACACACCAUCACCACCUUCAGUACCACUCAUACCAUCAAGUUCAGCUAGCAAUUGCGACACAAUUCUAUCCAUUACACCUCCAGAAUCACCCUGAUUACCACGCUUAGGGGCUACGGAAUCUAAUUCAUCAAAGAAGAUAACACAUGGUUUGGCAUCACGGGCUUUCUGGAAUACUCGACGGACAUUAGCUUCUGAUUCACCAAUGUACAUGUUUAACAAUUCGGGACCCUUCACCGAGAAGAAAUUAAGCGAGAAGUUAGUGGCAAUCGCUUUUGCAAGCAAGGUUUUACCAGUACCUGGAGGACCAUAGAACAAGAUCCCACUUCGCUUUUUGAGACCAUUGUUGAAAAGCUCAGGAUGUUUCAAUGGCAUGUCGAUUGUGUCCAAGAUUUCAUCCUUGACAAGGUCUAACCCUCCAAUAUCCUCCCAUUUAACAUUAGGGAUACGAGGAGCCCCAAUGGAAUCACUGAAUUGAUUACGGGCUUCGUUAAUUGCCGCAUUGAAAUCUUCAGGAAUCCAGUUGAUGACACCACCAUUACCAAUGGCUAUCAACUUUGAUAAUGGGAUGUUAGUUUCUUUAGCUAACUUGGUCAAUCGUUUAAUUGCUAACUUUUUCGAUUUUUUGAUGAUGGAAAUUAAAUCUCUUGGAGUAAGACCAGCAGAUUGUAAUGCAAGAUUCUUGAAAUUGAUAUCCUUUCGAAUUAUGAAAGGAGAAGAAUUAAUAUCGUCACCACUACUUCUCUUUUCUUCAUUAAUUAAAUGUUCAAAAAUGGCUAAUCUCUCAUUUUCAGUAGGAACGGUAAAAUCAAUAGUGAACUUGAUCAAUGCCUUGACACUAUCAUUCAACUUAUCAUAAUCAUUACAACUUAAUACAAUCACAAGAUUAGGGUAGUUCUCCAAGUAAUCUUGUAAUGUUUGCACCACUUUCAAACUUAAUGACGUGAAUAUACUGCCAUUCUGAUCAUGUUCAUCAGUCAGCGGACAUAAGUUCUCAAUAUGCUUAAGAUAAACAACGUGAUAAGAAUCGCCAGCUGGUACAUUUGCAAUCAAUUUGUCGAUUUUACCAGUUAAUAAUCCGAUAGUUUUCAAUUCUUGUCCCGGAUUCAAUAAUUCUAAACAAUCAAAUUCUAACAAAUUCAAUCCCAUUUCAAUACAAACAUUUCUAACUAACGUAGUCUUUCCGAUUCCUCUAUUCAUAGAAUUAAGAAGAACUGUAGUCUUUAAUGGGAUUUUCGAGUUUGUACAUGUUUGCAAAAUCUUGAUGAACUCGUGAGCAUAUUUGAACUCGGGCUUGUUGAAAUAGUUGAAUAGUUUGGGUAAUUGCAAGUAUUGAUACCAUUGAGUCUGGUCAUUCUUCGGUAAUCUAGCACUUUCAAUUCCUGAAGAAACAAGAAGGGUUUUCUUUGGGUCGAUUAAGAAUUGAUUGGUUCCAAUUGCGUUGUUUCCCUUAACUUCGACGAUUUUAAACCAAGCAACUGUAUCUGGAUCUCCA